CGGGCGCUCGGCGUUGGGCCGCUCGGCAGCCGCAGCCGCAGCGCGGGGCCGCCCCCCCGCGGGGCCAUGACCGAGUACAAGCUGGUGGUGGUGGGCGCGGGAGGCGUCGGGAAGAGCGCUUUGACCAUCCAGCUCAUCCAGAACCAUUUCGUGGACGAGUACGACCCGACCAUUGAGGAUUCGUAUAGAAAGCAGGUGGUUAUUGAUGGAGAGACGUGUCUGUUGGACAUCCUGGACACUGCAGGCCAGGAGGAGUACAGUGCCAUGCGUGAUCAGUACAUGAGAACCGGGGAAGGAUUCCUCUGUGUUUUUGCUAUUAACAACAGCAAAUCAUUUGCUGAUAUUAACCUUUACAGAGAACAGAUCAAGAGAGUGAAAGAUUCAGAUGAUGUGCCAAUGGUGCUAGUUGGGAAUAAGUGUGAUUUGCCCACAAGAACAGUAGACACAAAACAGGCUCAAGAAUUAGCAAAAAGUUAUGGAAUCCCCUUCAUAGAGACAUCUGCUAAAACAAGACAGGGUGUGGAAGAUGCUUUUUACACACUGGUGAGAGAGAUCCGGCAGUACCGGAUGAAAAAGCUCAACAGCAGUGAAGAUGGGAACCAAGGUUGUAUGGGAUUGUCUUGCAUUGUCAUGUGAUAAGAUGCCAAGAACACGGGGUUCAGAUGCAGCUGCUGGACGAGUCUCGAUGCCACUGUACUGCGUCUCAUGCUGAUGCCCUGCAGUAUUUUGGUGCCACUGACCAGAAUCUUGGUACCAGUUAAUUAGCACAAGGUCGUUUUCUGUGCUCCAUCUGAAGAGAACAUCCAUGGCAUCUACCUCCUUGCUCAGCUAACGGAGCAGUCACAUCUCUUGAUGUACUGGGAUUCUUUUUCACACUGUGUUAUCUGGGGUUUGUUCAAGAAGAAAACCAGUCACAAGAAAAGUGAACUAUAGAGACUAAAUGCUGUGAAAAAGAUGACACUUUACCUCUAGAGUAAAAGCUAGAAGUGAUGUUUGUCCCCUUUCUAUUGGAUUCUGGUUUGCAGUGCUGACAGAGGAGUGGCACUAAUCGUUGCUUGGCAGGUAAUGUCAGAAAGGGUUUUGCCACCAUGAGUGCAUGGCACGUUACCAGACUAGUAUCUGCUCUCUCUACACCCAUGCAGCAUAUUUGCAGCAUCUCCUUUGUGCCAGGAGCACCAUUUAACUGAUCCUUCAUUUUCUGUAAUAAAAAGGAGGUGUCCUUCCUAACUUAAGUGCCUGUUUGCUAAGAAGAUUUGAAGUUGUCCCCUGUUCCCUUGGCUAGAGGAAAACCCCAAGGACUAGAAUUUCUCGGAAGCUCAUUUAUCUUCAGCAGGCAGCUCUUGUGUGGGUGAUGGAUUUGCCUGACAGGAUACUAAACUGGGAAUCUGUAGGCUGGAAGAUCCAGCAGGCACUUGUAAGACUUGAACUAAGGAAGGGGACAUACAGCAUCUUUUUAUUUUACUUUCUUAGUAGGUGGAACUGUUUAUAUUCUCUGAUGGUUUUCUUCAGCGUUCAGAUCUCUUCCAAGUGGGACCAAAUUAGUCAGCUGUUCGUUUUUAACAUUAACUGCCAACAUUUAUGGGCAGCUUCUCAAUAGUUAAUCAAGUAACUGGAGGUUGGUUAGUUUGGGUAGCUGUUACUCAGCUCUGUCUGUACCUUGCAAGUUAUUUCAUUGUGAAUUAACGUUCUUACCACCAGACUGUAAACACAGGCUCUUGAAAAUGUCUCUCUGUGAGAUCUAGUCAGAGAGUCUCCUUGUCAGGGAAGGAGCUGGGAGUUCAGGUUUGACUGUAUUUGGUGCAGUAGUUGUCAUGGACUUACUAUGUCCAGGCCAAGGAGAGAAGACAAUGAGCUGCACCAGAAAACUUGAGCCAGAUUCUGAUUGCAGCAUCCUUGCAAAAGGAGGAAGGAAGCGAGUUGAGCGAUGAUGACGCAGAAGGUGUGUGACACACUGAGGGCAAUUCUGGGCUUGUUCUGACAGCCUCAAACUCAGAGAGAACUACUGCAUAAGCUGCCUCAGUUCCUUCUAGAACAAAACAUGGUCACCUCACAGAAUUGGGACACACAAGUGGAGUCACUGUUGCAAAAGCUGCCAGUGUUCCUCUGAGGCCUGGUUCUUGUGCUGCUGCUGCUGGGUUCUGCUGUGUGUGUGUCAGUGCCUGCCAGUGUGAGGCUGUGCUUCCCACUUAGGAUCUGGUGGAAGAGUGAGGAGCCUUCAGCCAACAGAGGGAGCGAUCAGUCAGUCUGCCCAAACUGCCAGAGGCUUCAUUUCAGUUUGCUGGUGUCAGAUUUUCAUGUCUCAAUUUGGAGUUCUCAGUUUCAACUAGAAAUUAGAAAUCAGUAAAUGCUGAGAGAAGAAAUUGUUCCUUCUAAUGCUUCCUUCACUGCUUACAGUUUUAAUUCUCUUCUUGGGAUGCAGAGAAUCACUCUGCAUUAUGUUUUCUUUAUCCAUAAUAAUCCUUAGAAGUACUUCCUGCAAUUUACUUUGCCCUUGACUGAUGUGACACCAAUAAAAUUAAACCCACAAUGUUUUCACAUGAGAUGUUAUUUUCCAGCAGCAUGCACAGUGGUGGGCAGCAUUGUGACAGGUAGCACUGGCUGUGAGUUGAGUUUGUUUGAAGAUGACCUCAUCCCUGCAAGUUAAACGUGGCAGAAUUCCCAUCACAGCAAGCUGUGAUAUCUGUGAUCAGUGAGCAGUGUUUUAUUUGGUGCAAGAAGUUACCUGUGAAAGCAUUCUCUGAGCACUGUGGCAGGAGGUGACUGUCUGCUGAGAGAGAGAGAGAAUUGUGCCACACUGUUGUCCACCUCACAAAAUCCAGGUAGGAAAGGAUCGCUUCUGGGAUACACAUCUGCUCACAGAGACUCAGCAUUUUGGAAGGACUGCACUGUGGAGUUCUGCAGUAGGUUGGAAUGGUGAGAUCCUGUCAUCCAGGCCCAUGUCUCUUUUUCCAGUUAUCUGGGCAAGGGGAGUUUUCUUCCCUGGCAAGCAGCACUGCCGUGUUCAGGGCUGUGAGAAACCUUUUGCAGGUGACGUUUGAUGUUUGAAGGUUGUGUGGUCAAGUGUGGAAAAUUACUGCUUCUGGAUGGAGAUUUGUCAUGAUCAUUCUCUACCUUGCACAUCAUGUUCUGGUUGUCAUUAAAAAUGUACUAACUGUAACUCCAAAAGCUGUGAAUCCUCACAAUUGUAUGGAACUGGCAAAUGCAUUUGCUUUCUCUUCUGUGUUCACUUUUUCUUGGGCUAUAUGAAAUGUUGAAAGGGAAGAAGCCCUGGUAAGGGUUGGUCAGUAUGUGUUUCACCUUUGGAACCUUAGAGGGGGAUGCAUCAGCUCUUAGUCUGCUGCAGAGCUGACCUGCAUGUAUUUCAGUUACAAAUGGAGUGGGUGAUACAAGACCAGGGUGUGAUUCUGGUCAUUAGUCUGAAGUAAAUGGCUGGACUUUGUUUCCAUGUCUAUGUAAGAGAACCCUGAUUUCGAUGGCAACACAGAGAACUGUGGAAGGACAAAACCCUGAGAGCCUUUGGGAACAUGAUUUAGAAGAUGAGCAGAGAAGUUUUUGCACAGGACAGAUCCCUGGAAAAGGUGGGUUUGUAGAGCUAAGUCCAAAUGUUGUUACUUAGAACUAACAGCCCAACGCUGGGUUAGUGCCAGGCUAACUUUGCUGUCCUGGCUGGGAAGAAUGGGAAGAACAUUCUGAGGUAAAAUAUAUAGAAAGGGUAAAGCUCUCAUCAGAGAUUACAAGUGUCAGUAACUGAAAGAAGUAUGUCUGUGUUAGGACUGAGGACAGCUGUCUAUGAGAGAGCAUCACUCUGCAGCUUCUAACUGGUAGUGUCCCCACUCCAACGUCUUGUCCAAACAACAGCGCUCACAUUUUGUUCCUGUUACUUUGGAUCAUAACCAUGAUUUUUAGUACAGGCCAAUGAAUUAGAAUUAGGUUUUCAAGCAAGUUCAGGCCUGUGGUGGGAAGGAGGGCAGUGGAAGUUUGAGUUACAUUCUGAUCCCAUAGGUGAUCCCCCUUUUACACCCCAAGCCUUGAGUGACUGUUUAACCUCCCAGAUGCUGGGGAGCUUUUGGGAUCUGGACUCUUUAUCUAAGGGCUAAUUUGUUAUUACUUUGUAUAAUGAUUUGCUUUCAAUAAUGCAUCUCUUUUGGUUUGAAGUAAAUUAUUUUGCUUCUUAAGUAACUUUUUUAAAGAAUAAACUUUGAAUUCUU